CCGGAUUCCCGCGCGGGGCGGGGCGGCCCCGCCCUUGGCUCCGCCUCCGCCCCGUCCGCGCACACCUGGCCCGCAGGUAGCCGGUGCUCGGCGCCUUUCCCGGAUUGUAAGGUCCUGAGAGCUGCUGGUCGGCCUCGGGCCCGGGGGCUGCGCUCCGGGAGUCACACCGGAGGGAGCCAUGGACCCGGGCCCGGGGGACGCGGCUGGAGAGGGGCCGCCCGCGCCCCGGCCCCGCCGCCGCCGCUCCCUGCGCCGCCUCUUCAACCGCUUCCUGCUGGCGCUGGGUAGUCGCUCCCGCUCCGGGGACUCGCCGCUCCGGUCCCGAUCCCAGCCCCAGCAGGGACAUUGCGAUGGCGACGGCGAAGGGGGCUUUGUCUGCCCUCCGGGCCCGGCUCCUGCGGCCCCCGGGAGCCCCGGGGCAGAGUAUCCCCCGGGAUCCCAGCCCCCGAUCCUCGCGGGCGACGGGGCGCGGCCGCCGGGCGCUCAGGGCUUGAAGAACCACGGCAACACCUGUUUCAUGAACGCCGUGGUGCAGUGUCUCAGCAACACCGACCUGCUGGCUGAGUUCCUGGCGCUGGGGCGCUACCGGGCGGCGCCCGGCCGCGCGGAGGUCACCGAGCAGCUGGCGGCGCUGGUGCGCGCGCUCUGGACUCGCGAAUAUACGCCCCAACUUUCCGCCGAGUUCAAGAAUGCUGUUUCCAAGUAUGGCUCUCAAUUCCAAGGUAAUUCCCAACAUGAUGCUCUGGAAUUCUUGCUCUGGUUGCUGGAUCGCGUCCAUGAGGACUUGGAGGGCUCAUCCCGAGGGCUGGUGUCCGAGAAGCUGCCACCUGAAGCCAGUCAACCCUCAGAGAACUUCUUAUCCUCAUCCGCCCAGCUUUCUCUAGGCCAAAGCUUUGUGCAAAGCCACUUUCAAGCACAAUACAGAUCUUCCUUGACCUGCCCCCACUGCCUGAAACAGAGCAACACCUUUGAUCCUUUCCUGUGUGUGUCCCUUCCCAUCCCCUUGCGCCAGACGAGGUUCUUGAGUGUCACCUUGGUCUUCCUCUGUAAGAGCCAGCGGUUCCUGCGGGUUGGCCUGGCUGUGCCGAUCCUCAGCACAGUGGCCUCCCUGAGGAAGAUGGUUGCGGAGGAAGGAGGCGUCCCUGCAGAUGAGGUGAUCUUGGUUGAACUGUAUCCCAAUGGAUUCCAGCGGUCUUUCUUUGAUGAAGAGGACUUGAAUACCAUUGCAGAGGGAGAUAAUGUGUAUGCCUUCCAAGUUCCUCCGUCACCGGGCCAAGGGACUCUCUCAGCUCAUCCAUCGGGUCUGUUGGGGUCUCCACGCUUGGCAGCCCGAGAGGGUCAGCGAUUCUCCCUGCCUCUCCACAGUGAGAACAAGGUGCUAAUCCUUUUCUGUAACCUGGUGGGGUCAGGGCAACAGGCUAGCAGAUUUGGACCACCUUUCCUGAUAAGGGAAGACAGAACUAUUUCCUGGGCUCAACUCCAGCAGUGUAUUCUCAGUAAGGUUCGCUAUCUCAUGAGGAGUGAGGCCCCCGCACAGAACCUGGGGUCUCUGUUCUCCAUCCGGGUUGUGGGACUUUCUCUGGCCUGUAGUUACUUAUCCCCACAGGACAGUCGGCCGCUCUGUCACUGGGCAGUUGACAGGGCCUUGCACCUCAGGAAGCUGGGAGGGCCCCCACACAUCAAGCUGGCCGUGGAGUGGGACAGUUCUGCGAAGGAGUGCCUGUUUGGGAGCCUCCAGGAGGAGCGAGUGCAGGAUGCGGAGAGCGUCUGGAGGCAGCAGCAGACCCACCAGCAGCCCAGCUGUACCCUGGAUGAAUGUUUUCAGUUCUACACCAAGGAGGAGCAGCUGGCCCAGGACGACGCGUGGAAGUGCCCCCAUUGCAAAGUCCUCCAGCGGGGCAUGGUGAAGCUGAGUCUGUGGACCCUGCCUGAUAUCCUCAUCAUCCACCUCAAGAGGUUCUGCCAGGUGGGGGAGAGAAGAAACAAGCUCUCCACGCUGGUGAGGUUCCCGCUCUCUGGACUCAACAUGGCUCCCCAUGUGGCCCAGAGGAGCACCAGUUCCAAGCCAGUGCCAGGCCCCUGGCCCUCCUGGAAGCAGCCGGCCUGCCUGCCCACCAGCUACCCCCUGGACUUCCUGUACGACUUGUACGCGGUCUGCAACCACCACGGCAGUCUGCAAGGUGGGCAUUACACAGCCUAUUGCCGGAACUCUCUGGAUGGCCAGUGGUACAGUUACGAUGACAGCAUGGUGGAACCCCUUCGAGAAGAUGAGGUCAAUACCCGAGGGGCUUACAUCCUGUUUUAUCAGAAGCGAAACAGCAUCCCUCCCUGGUCCGCCAGCAGCUCCAUGAGAGGCUCCACCAGCUCCUCCUUGUCUGACCACUGGCUCCUGAGGCUCGGGAGCAACAAUGGCCACAGCACGAGGGGAAGCCUUUUGUCCUGGAGUUCUGCCCCCUGCCCGUCCCUGGCUCAGGUGCCUGACUCUCCUGUCCUCCCAAACAGCCUCUGCCACCAGGAAAAGGGUGGACUGGAGUCCAGCUCUUUGGUUCGAGGUGUUCCUGGCAGAAGCAUCAGCAUGAAGGUGCCCACCCCUUCUCGAGCCAAGCAGGGGCCCUUCAAGACCAUGCCUCUCCGCUGGUCCCUGGGCCCCAAGGAGAAACGUCCCGGUCCGUCUGUCGAGCUGGUGGAGUACUUGGAGUCCAGACGAAGACCCCGAUCCACCAGCCAGUCCAUCGUGCCGCUGCUGACGGGCGCUGCUGGCGGGGAAGAGAAGUCAGCGUCACCAAGGUCAAACGUCACCCUUUCUGCUAAAGGUGAAGACAGUGGCCGAGCCAGUGGGAGAGGACUAGCUGAGGCGCCUUGUCCCUCGGGCCACCCCAACCACCAUCCUGCCCCUGGAUUCUCCGAUGGUCUCAACACAGCCAGGACACCAAAGGAAAAUGCAAGCCAGGAUAUCAGGCUUCCCAAAAAGUUUGAUCUGCCCCUCACUGUGACGCCCUCAGUUAACAAUGAGAAAGUGUCCCGCACAGAGGGCCAGAAGAGCAUGAACUGGAAGGGAAGUGGCCAGGUGAGAAGCCAGAGCAGCCCACCCUCUCCCUCUGUAGGAUUGUUUAGGAACAGUAAGGACAGUGGCCAAGGCACCUUGCCCAAGAUGAGAGCCACUGGGGAGGAAAGGUCCUCUGAGAAAGACAGACUCCCGCAGGGCACAUUCACCCUCCUGAGGUCUAUGUUUUGGAAGAAAGGAAAUAGGAAGAUUGAUAGGACUGGGGGCUCCCCACCGCUACCCCCAGUCUCCCACGGGAGUGGCAGGCUGAGCCCUGCUGUGGACAAGCAGAUGCAGAGCCCUUCUCCUGCCCUGAGGAUGCAGGACAGCCUGGCCAGGGGCCUGGGCAGCUACCUCGAGAGGGACGUCCGAUCGGCGCCCAGCUCUCUCCACCUCCCUCGCAAAGCCACCAGGCCCCCGAGAACCAAUGCCACUAGCACCGCCCAGAGAAGCAUUCUUGGGGAUCAGACUUCUUAUGGCACCUUGCAAAAGGUGAAAUACCACACUCUUUCUUUAGGUCGGAAAAAAACUUUACCAGAAUCUAGCUUCUGAUGGAAUAUUUCAGUAUUGCAUGAAACUGGUUUUCUUGGGACUUUGCACUGAGCAUCUGUAGGCAGCCCGUGUUCAGAGUGGGCUUUUAGGAAUCCAGUUGUCUUGUGAUCUCUGAAAAAGGAAUUCUUUAUUUUUUUUUUUAAAGUUGCCAUAACAACUUCCAGCACCUCCUAUCCAAAUGCCCUACUGUAUGGCUGGUUGCUUUGAUGUGGUCUGGCCACUAGAGGAUGCUGUUGGGCUAACAUUACCGUGUCCAUGCAAGAACUGGUAUUUCCUUAAAAAAUAAAAUUCCAGAGCCUGAGGAACUGUGUUACAAAGAAUCCUCUGUGUCAGGUCAAAUCUUGUCAGUGGUUUUUCCUUCUCCUUUCCAUUUUGAAAUAGUGAACUUCCAAGGAAAAUUGUUUCCUUUGAGUGCUUCUCUGGGAUAAGUGUUAAAGUUGUUGAAAAAGAGAGAAAAAAAAAGUGAUCAUAAUAAUAAAGCAAGAUUCUAGGAGGGAUGAAAGAGAGAUGAUUGAUAUUUUAGAAGAGUAUUUAAUAUAUAAUGAAAUAAUUGUAUUAAAGUUUUUCAAGGUAUUUUAAAAAUGUAACUAUUUUGAUACCAGGAAAAAAAAAAGGAAGUUUUUUUUUUUUAAGUAUGAGAUCUAUGUAUAAUUUUAAUAAAAUUGUGUCGGUGAAACAUGCAAAUGGAUUUCUGAGUUACUCAAAUUUGAUAAAGGACUUCGUUUCUUUCCUGCUGCAUAAA